CAACUGGAACAAUUUAAUAAACUUUAUCCAAUCAGUUUAACCAAUUAACUAUGUAGUAAAUUGAUGAAAAGGUAAAUGUAAAGAAAAAAACAAUAAACAGAAAAGUCGAAAAAAAACGAGAAAUAAUUUUGUAAACAUUUAACACAGGUUCAGUGAAUAGUAAAUGUUGCUGAUGAAUGAGUAAAUGAAAAUGAAUGCUUUAAUAAUAAAACAUGUUUACCAAGUUGACCAGUUUCCAUCGACAAUCAAACAAUCAACUUUACACUGUUCAUCAUUUGAUCAUCAAAAUAAACUCUACUCUUGCCAUUUGCCAUAACCAGCAAAUAUUUCAUCAAUCAAUUGCUGUUCAAUUGUUAACCCUUCAAUUGACUCUAUCAUCAGUUUCCCGGAUUAUUGUUGCCAGUUUUUCAAUUCAUUUACUCCUGACUUUAAAUUGUGUCCAGUUGAUUGGCCAACAAUCCAAAUGGAAUCACUUUUGUUUAAUCAAACAUUCGAUCUCAUCUAUUAUGGCAAGUUAAUAUGUUGCUGGAUAACAAUGAAACUUUCCUUUCGCUCAUGAUUAUCGAUAAUGAUACCAUGAGAAUGAAUGAAAGUUAUCAAGGUGAAGAUGAUUUCCUGUUGACCAAUAAAAGCUUCAAAAUUGGACUAAUUAUUUUCUACAUUUUGAUAUUCUUCUCAACAUUUGUCGGUAAUUUGGUAGUCAUUUUGGUGGUCAUUUUGCAGAAAAAGAUGAGGAAUUCAACCAACUUUUUCUUUACCAAUCUGGCAUUCUCGGACCUUUGUGUUGGCCUUUUCUGCAUAUUCCAAGAUUUAUCUUCCUUUCUUCAGCCAACAUGGUCUUUCGGUGUGAUAAUGUGCAAAAUGUACCACUUUACUCAGACAAUGUCUUACACUGCAUCCAUCUUUACCAUGGUCAUAAUAUCCAUUGAACGUUACAUUGCCAUUUGUUACCCGAUAAGAGCAAAGAAAGUACUUCAAAUGAGAAACUUUCGUCUCUCCAUUGCCAUGGUUUGGAUUUUAUCGGCCAUCAUUUGUGCUCCAAACCUGUGGAUGUACGGUGUUAUCGGAGUGAUCAAUCGUUCAGGUGGAACUGAUGAAAUUUGUAUGCUUCAAAAGCUUCUUUACAACAUAAGAUUUUUCAACGUUAUAAACGCACUUUUACUCUUCCUUUUACCAAUGAUUUUAAUGUCUUUCCUUUACAUUCGGUUGGGUCUCAAGUUGAAAUGCCGACGGUUUGAGACGCAAAUUCCCUCCACAGUGACAGCCAUUGAUACUCAAGUCACGGCUGUUACAACAACAACCACAAUCACAACCAAAACUUCAACCAAAACAGUACCAACAGUAACUGAUCCCAAAGCUAGUGAUAAAACAAAGUCCAGGUCUGUACCGACAUCCCCGACUGACGGCAAAAGAGGAUCCAGGUUUGUUAACUUGUACAAACUAUCAGGCUCAAAUGGACACAUUUUAAGGGGUGAAGUUUCCUGUGCCACUGUGGCCCAAUCACCAUUCACAACAAGCAAGUGCCUGUGGAGCAAGAAGGGCGAUUCAUUCGAAGAUUUCAAAGAAGAAUUCGCUCGUUCACUUGGCAAUUAUUGUAACCAUCUCGGUCGUGGAACUGCCAAAGGAUCUGUGAUCAAUUCUCGCCGACGAGUGAUUCGACUUUUGGUUGUUGUCGUGUUAACCUUUGCUCUGUGCCAUUUCCCGAUUCACCUGCGAAAGUUGAUCCAAGACUGGUACACGCGAUAUCAGGAGACAUCGGUUGAAGGUCGACUUGCAACCAUUGUAACCAACAUGUUAAUGUACAUCAAUUCAGGACUCAAUCCCAUUCUUUACGCUCUUUUAUCAUCAAAAUUCCGUAAAUCGCUCAGAGGAUUAUGUUGAGAGAAUAACUUUGAAAAAAAGUUCAAAUAUUGGUGAACCUUUUAUCGAUAAAUAUCAAUAAAGUUUCAAUGAAAACAGACCAACAAAUGGAUUUACAAAAAGACUGUAAAUAAACUGGAAUAAAUGAAAUGAAAUGUACAAAAAUGUUGUUAAACAAUAUUGAAUAAAAAAUUU